UCGACCAGGAGCACUGGACCUUACCUGGCUGGACUCCAAGCUGCAACCCCCAUGAAAUGUGAGGACAGUCUGUCAAGGCAGGACCCAGGUCCCUGGCAGAGGGGCCAUCUCCAUUCACACAUCCCCUAACCUGUAUGCCCUCUGGCUUUAGGGAGGCAUCCAUCAGCUCCUCAUCCCCAAAGGCUUGCAGGCCUGAUGGCUGGUCAGCCCCACAGUCCCCGGGAGCUCCUCCGGGCUGCAGGGCGCCCCAGCAGGAGGCCCAGCACAGAGCUCCAGGCCCCGCCCAGUCCAGCUGCCACCGUGGACUCUCAGUACGAGAUGGGCCACGUUCGCAAGCUGCAGGCCCGGCACAUGAAGAUGCAGGAGAAGACUUUCACCAAGUGGAUCAACAAUGUCUUCCAGUGCGGCCAGGCAAGUGUAGCCAGCUGUGCCCCACAGCCCACCCGUGCCAUGCCCCCAGCUCUGGCCAGUGCGCCUCGGGGGUGAGCUGUGGGGUCAUCUGCCUGAGGCUGAGCUGAGGCCAGAGCUCCUUCUUCCCAGGCAGCUGCUCUGAGUCACACCUCUCGGGUCCCAGGAUGGGAGGACAGGUGAGGCUGGACUGACCCCAUACCUUCCCCCAUCCCCUCCCCAGGUGGGCAUCAAGAUCCGGAACCUGUACACAGAGCUGGCCGACGGAACCCACCUGCUGCGGCUGCUGGAGCUCAUCUCCGGGGAGGCCCUGCCACCCCCCAGCCGGGGCCGCAUGCGCGUGCACUUCCUGGAGAACAGCAGCCGAGCUCUGGCCUUCCUCAGGGCCAAGGUGGGCCCCAGGGAAAGGGGUUUGGGAUGGUGCCAGGGCAGGCAGCUAGGGACAGGCUGGACUACUGGGUCACCUUUCCUGGGCCAGGCCACAGGGCAGAGCAGAGGAGCUGGGGCCUGAGUACUGGAGGAGCCGCUGGGACACAGAGGAGCAGAAGCCACGCCCUCCUCGCACAGCACCCCUGACUUUGAGAGCACCCAGCUGGCCAAGGCAGGAGCAAUCCAUGUCCCUACUGGGAUGGAAAAUGUCAUUGUCUGUCAUCAGAGAGACUUGCCGGAUUCUAGGCUGAAAGAAUCUUAGUGUUCUCUUAAGCUUCUCAUUUCACAAAUGAGAAAACAGAGGCCCUAAAUUAUUUGCCAGGCAAGAUUGAUGGCUAACCAGCCAGCAGAGCCCAGAUGUGGGGCCAUGGGGGGCUGGCAUCCAGUAGGAAACAAAGGGAGAAGACCCGGACACUAAGCCGGCAGUGGGGAGAGGAGUAGGGCCUGUCUUGGAGGAGCAGGGAAGAGGCCUCAGCAAAUGGGGGCAGCCAGAGUUACCUGAAAGAAAGGGACGGGCCAAGGAGAUAGUCGCUAAAAGGAGGCUGGAGCUCCAGGGGCAGAGGGACCCUCCUGGCCAGGGUGAGGGGCCUGUGCAGGGGUGGGGUGAGGCAAAGAAAUCAUUUAGGUUGGGAACCGGGAACUGGGAAGACCAAGGACUCCUGGAGGUGGCUAUCCCUGGAGACUCUGAAGUCACUGAGUUGGGCCUGGCUGGACAGAGCCUGACUGUGCGUGCCCAUCACUGUGUCCUGGAGUGGAGCUUAUAUGCAGCCUCCUGGAGUACUGGUGUGUGGGAGGAAAGCCAGGGAGGGAAGAAACCCCACAAAGGGAAGGGGAGCCACUGCGGUCCUGAGCAGCUGCAAGAGCAGAAUACUGCCAGCCGCAAAAUCCCGGAGCCUAGUUGAUCCAGGGACAAUGAUCCUGUGAGCCAGUCCUCUCCCCGACAGGAACCUGGGUGCGGUGUGAGCCCCAUAGCCUUUGUCACUGAUACCUGUGAGGGAGAGAGACAUCCUUGUCUCCAUACACAUAGGAGACAACUGUGUAUGGAGGACAAGGGAGUUGCCCCAAACACACAGGGAAUAUAUGGCAGAAUGAGGGAUGCAUUCGCUAUGGAGACGCUACCAUGCUACCGUGCCCUGGGUAUU